CACGAUGAGUGACGGGGCAGUCCGACCAAUGGCGAGUAGAGUGGGCGGGGAUGUAUGAUGGACUCCUUGGUGUAUGAAAUAAGGUGUGGGCGGGGCUAUAAGAUGAGUGACGGGUUACUACGGCCUAUGAGCGGGAGAGCUACUGGUUGCUUAGUGACUGCGGCUGUGCCUACCCAUAAUCCCAUGCGCUCCCCUCCAGUAUAUACAGGAUUGCACAGUAGUGAAGAAGACAUCCAAUGAGUGUGAGACACCCAGCAGCCAUUCCCGUUUGUCAGAAGGACUAAGCAGAACCCAGAGCUCCAUUACGGUGCCUCCACCUCACUCACUGAUACAUGAGAGACACAGUGACCAGAAGAUCCUUGAACUCACCAACAAGAUCAUUCAUCUGCUGACUGGAGAGGAGGGGGAGUAUAUAGAGGAACACAGGGGUCUGUACAAGGACGUGAUGAUGGAGAAUCACCGGCCCCUCACAUCACUGGAUGGGCCCAGUAACAGAGAUACCCCAGAGAGAUGUCCCCGUCCUCUGUAUUCCCAGGAUUGUACAGAGGAGAAUCAGAGGACCCCACAGGAGGAUCAGGUAGAACGUCUAUCUGAUAUUACAGAAGAUAUAGAGGGAGAAGAAGAGACGUAUGUGACUGAUAUAAAGGCAGAAGAUAUAGAGGGAGAAGAAGAGACAUAUGUGACUGAUAUAAAGGCAGAAGAUAUAGAGGGAGAAGAAGAGACCUAUGUGACUGAUAUAAAGGCAGAAGAUAUAGAGGGAGAAGAAGAGACGUAUGUGAAUGAUAUAAAGGCAGAAGAUAUAGAGGGAGAAGAAGAGACGUAUGUGACUGAUAUAAAGGCAGAAUAUAUAGAGGGAGAAGAAGAGACGUAUGUGACUGAUAUAAAGGCAGAAGAUAUAGAGGGAGAAGAAGAGACAUAUGUGACUGAUAUAAAGGCAGAAGAUAUAGAGGGAGAAGAAGAGACGUAUGUGACUGAUAUGAAGGCAGAAGAUAUAGAGGGAGAAGAAGAGACGGAUGUGAUUGAUAUAAAGGCAGAAGAUAUAGAGGGACAAGAAGCGACGUAUGUGGCUGAUAUAAAGGCAGAAGAUAUAGAGGGAGAAGAAGAGACGUAUGUGACUGAUAUUAAAACAGAAGAUACAGAGGGAGAAGAAGAGACAUAUGUGACUGAUAUAAAGGCAGAAGAUCUAGAGGGAGAAGAAGCGAAGUAUGUGACUGAUAUAAAGGCAGAAGAUAUAGAGGGAGAAGAAGAGACGUAUGUGACUGAUAUAAAGGCAGAAGAUAUAGAGGAAGAAGAAGCGAAGUAUGUGACUGAUAUAAAGGCAGAUGAUAUAGAGGGAGAAGAAGAGACGUAUGUGACUGAUAUGAAGGCAGAAGAUAUAGAGGAAGAAGAAGCAAAGUAUGUGACUGAUAUAAAGGCAGACGAUAUAGAGGGAGAAGAAGAGACCGAUGUGACUGAUAUGAAGGCAGAAGAUAUAGAGGGAGAAGAAGAGACAUAUGUGAGAGGUGAUCAGCAGUGUAAGGAGGAGGCGAUCCCUACAGAUAUCAGCACAGCAGAUGGACACACAAGCAGGAAUAUCUCAGAAGGACAUCUAAUGUUAUCCCCGGAUUGUGACAUAAAAGAUAAUGACAGUAGACAGGAAUCUCCCGGAGAUAACCCCAUUACCCCAAUUAUACAUCCAGCUCUAUCAGCUGAUCCCUCUGAUCCUGGGGAAUGUUCUCCUGAUCACUCUGAUAUUGGUGCAUCUGUUACAGCUCUGACAGUAGAUACAGUGUUUCCCUGUUCUAUAGAUGCCAAAUGUUUUACACAGAACACAAAGCUUAUCACCCAUCAGGCAGCUAAGGCAGGUGAUAAACCAUUUCCAUGUUCUGAGUGUCGGAAAUGUUUUACAUACAAAUCAUAUCUUGUUAGACAUCAGAAAAGUCACACAGGUGAGAAUACAUUUCCAUGUUCUGAGUGUGGGAAAUGUUUUGCACAUAAAUCAUAUCUUAUUAAACAUCAGAGAAGUCACACAGGUGAGAAGCCAUUUUCUUGCUCUGAGUGCGGGAAAUGUGUUACACGGAAAUCACAACUUGUUGCACAUCAGCGAAGACACACAGGUGAGAGGCCAUUUCCAUGUUCUGAGUGUGGGAAAUCUUUUAUACAGAAAUCACAACUCGUUAAACAUCAGCGAAGUCACACAGGUGAGAAUACAUUUCCAUGUUCUGAGUGUGGGAAAUGUUUUACACCCAAAUCGUAUCUUGUUAUACAUCAGAGAAGUCACACAGGUGAGAGGCCAUUUCCAUGUUCUGAGUGUGGGAAAUGUUUUACACGGAAAUCAUAUCUUGUUAAACAUCAGCAAAGUCACACAGGUGAGAAUACAUUUCCAUGUUCUGAGUGUGGGAAAUGUUUUGCACAUAAAUCAUAUCUUAUUGAACAUCAGAGAAGUCACACAGGUGAGAGGCCAUUCCCAUGUUCUGAGUGUGUAAAAUGUUUUGGACACAAAGCAGAUCUUAUUAAACAUCAAAGAAGUCACACAGGUGAGAAGCCAUUUUCUUGCUCUGAGUGUGGGAAAUGUGUUACACGGAAAUCACAACUUGUUGCACAUCAGCGAAGACACACAGGUGAGAGGCCAUUUCCAUGUUCUGAGUGUGGGAAAUCUUUUAUACAGAAAUCACAUCUUGUUAAACAUCAGCGAAGUCACACAGGUGAGAAUACAUUUCCAUGUUCUGAGUGUGGGAAAUGUUUUACACCCAAAUCGUAUCUUGUUAUACAUCAGAGAAGUCACACAGGUGAGAGGCCAUUUCCAUGUUCUGAGUGUGGGAAAUGUUUUACACAGAAAUCACACCUUUUUAGACAUCAGAAAAGUCACACAGGAGAGAAUCCAUUUUCUUGCUCUGAGUGUGGGAAAUGUUUUACACGGAAAUCAUAUCUUGUUAAACAUCAGCAAAGUCACACAGGUGAGAGGCCAUUUCCAUGUUCUGAGUGUGGGAAAUGUUUUAUAAAGAAAUCAUCUCUUGUUAUACAUCAGAGAAGUCACACAGGUGAGAGGCCAUUUCCAUGUUCUGAGUGUGGGAAAUGUUUUAUAAAGAAAUCAGCUCUUGUUACACAUCAGAGAAGUCACACAGGUGAGAAUACAUUUCCAUGUUCUGAGUGUGGGAAAUGUUUUGCACAUAAAUCAUAUCUUAUUAAACAUCAGAGAAGUCACACAGGUGAGAAGCCAUUUCUAUGUUCUGAGUGUGGGAAAUGUUUUACACAGAAAUCACAUCUUGUUAGACAUCAGAAAAGUCACACAGGUGAGAAACCAUUUUCUUGCUCGGAGUGUGGGAAAUGUUUUACACGGAAAUCGCAUCUUAUUAUACAUCAGCGAAUUCACACAGGUGAGAAUCCAUUUCCAUGUUCUGAGUGUGGAAAAUGUUUUGGACACAAAUCAGAUCUUAUUAAACAUUAUAGAAGUCACACAGGUGAGAAGCCAUUUUCUUGCUCUGAGUGUUGGAAAUGUUUUGCACAUAAAUCAGAUCUUAUUAAACAUCAGAGAAGUCACACAGGUGAGAAGCCUUUUUCUUGCUCUGAGUGUGGGAAAUGUUUUACACGGAAAUCACAACUUGUUACACAUCAGCGAAGUCACACAGGUGAGAAGCCAUUUCCAUGUUCUGAGUGUGGGAAAUUUUUUGGACACAAAUCAGAUCUUAUUAAACAUUAUAGAAGUCACACAGGUGAGAAGCCAUUUUCUUGCUCUUAGUGGGAAAUGGUGUUUAAGUAAAUCACAUCUAGUUAUACAUCAUAGAAGUCACACAAAUGAGAAGCCAUUUCCAUACUCUGAGAAGUAAAUCAGCUCUUGUUGCACACAAUAGACAUCACUCAGGUGAGGAACCAUUUUAAUAUUCUGGAGUAUACUCAUCAUUGCCAUGUGGUUCUUAUCCUAUCUCCUAUGCUAUUUGCAAUAUACAUGCUACCGCAGGGUGAAAUAAUCAGAUGUCAUGCCCUCAUCUACCACUGCUAUACAGAUGACCUGUCUUUUGCUCCGGGUACUGAGAACCCAGUACCAUUCCUAAAUGGUUGUCUAGCUGAGCUCCAGGUGUGGGUGAUGCCAGUUGACUGUGACUCAGUCCUGGUGAAACAGGUACACAUGAUAGAAGCUCACCGUCAUAGGGCAGGGCUACAACUCAGCUUUGCAAACCAACGCUUGGGCGUUCAGAGUUACAAAAUACUGAUCCUGUGUGGAAUCUUGGUUUCCUGGAUUGUGGAGUGACACUUAGACAUCAGGUAUCAGCCACAAUCAGAUCCUCAUCUGAGGAACAUAGCCAGACUCCAGCACUUAUUUCCCUCAGAAGAUCUACCUACAGUCAUACAUGCACUUGUAUCAUCACGCAUAGACUACUUCAAUGUCCUCUACCUGGGUCUCCCAGCAAAAUAAUUGCACCGUUUGUAGCUUGUACAGAAUGCAGCAGCCAGGCUGUUACCUAACCAGCCCGUUCCUGCCACAUAACACCCAUUCUCUGGUCCCUUCACCGGCUGCCUGUAAUAUGGGGACUCUAUUACAUAAUCUUACUGACUCUCCCAGCCCUACAUGACCAGGGUCCAUGGUACCAGAAGCAAAUUCUGCCUCCUUACUGCCCUGCUUUCUAACUUCCACCUGCAGUGCUGAAAUGUCAGGGGGGAGACAGGGUAGGUGGCAGUAGUGGGGAGGGGAGACAGGGCAUGCGACAGUUCACAGCCACCAGGAGAAUUAAAUUCUGGAUUUCUUGACUGGGUGGGUGGCAGUAGU